AAGCAAUAGAGCUAAAGAAACAGUAUAAAAAAUAUAAGGAAGCCAAAAGACAUAAACAAGAAAGGUUAGGUGGUAAUAAUCUAAAUAAAAACAACACCAAUAAAGAGCAGAAUAUCAAAAGCACUGAGGGAUUGGAUGUUUUGGUACAAGAUAUUGCAGCUGGAGAAAAUGUGGAAAUGCUAUCUCAGGAAAAUAAAUCUCUCAAAACUUUGUUAGAAAAAGAUAGAAAUAAAGAAAAUCAGCAGGAAGUACCAAAUAAUACAAUACAGCAAACUGAAAUGAGCACAGACCUACAACAAAAUAGACCAGACGACCAAUUGGAUCUAAAAGAAGUAAAUCAACAGAUACAGAAGCUAAGAAGAGCACAGGUAUAA